AUGUCGUUUCUCGACGAGAUCCAGAAGCUCGACGCUUUGAGUCUAGAGGGCAAUGGUCGUCGAAAGAAGAAGACCAAGGCCAAGCGGGCAUCACAACCUCAAACUGCCCCCAAGCCGGCGCCCGAGCCGACCCCUUCUCAACGAGCUCCCAAAGCUGAUGCUCCUAAACCCGCUCCCAAACCUGCUGCCGCUCCCAAACCUGCUGCCGCUCCCAAACCUGCUACUGCUCCCAAACCUGCUGCCGCUCCCAAACCUGCUGCUGCUCCCAAACCUGUCGCUGGUCCUAAUGCUCCCAAAACUGUCAGACAAGUGAGCGAACAGAUGCAACCAUCGUUGGUCCUUCCUCACACUCUCACCGUCCGCCGCAGCAGACCGCCUACGCUCAAGGACCCGCUGACAUUGGUGGGGCUGUCUGCCAAAUCUGCACCUGAAAAAGUACCUGAACUGUCGACAAAGGCGGUUGCUGUAAACGCGGCCAAAAAUGGAAACGGUGAAGCUCAAGCUUCGGCAUCGUCUGAGGAGGAGGACGACGAUCCUCCCGAUGAAAUUCCCAAGGAAAAGGAAAUUAUCACUGACGACCACAAGCGUGCUGCUGAGCUAUUGUCGGCUUAUUGGUACAGUAUCUACCAACGUUAUGAAGAUCAGGGUAUAGAAGCCCCGUCUUUUGAUGAGAUCUAUGAGUUGGAGGGUGUCCUUGACAUGUUCAGAAAACUCAAGAUUAUCCCGUUGAAGUGGAAUUUUCGUAUCAAACGCAAAACCUUACCUGAUGGUGAGGUGGAAGAUGUCCGCAUUGCCAAUAUUGUUUCGGCAGACCCGGUUCUGAAGUCACGCAAGUACAAUCCGGCGCCGAAAGUGAUCCGGUUAGUGCUUGCCCACGCCAUGGCCCACGACUACAAAGCGUGCCAGCUUCACGUGGACCUCAAAAGUGAAGAACUUUACGACCCCGACCGGCCUCUUUCGUUCUCGCCGCCGGAAGUAGCUGGCGACGAGCUGCAAGUUGGCGUCGCCCGGCUUAAUCGUCCCAUCCCCGGCACUAAGCACUUUGAGCGCAUGUGGUACGAGCAUUUCACGAAUUUCUUCGUCGACAAGUACAACUUCAAGGCGUGUGACGCCGCCAAGGGGGUUUGGGUCUACGCCCCUAACAAUCAGAUGAAGCUUAUCGUGAUGAUCGGAUUCGAUGACAUUCUCGUCUUCGGCAAAACUGACAAGCACGUCAAAUGGAUCGUGUCUCACAUCGAAUCGAAGUUUAGGGUGAAAAACUUGGGCCUUCCUCUGCUGUUCAUGGAUAUCGAUUUCCGUAUCGAAGACAAGUCUGUCGACAUCAGUUUGUAUAAUAUGUUGACGUUAGCGGCGGACAAGUGGGAUAUUGACACUGAUCACUCGGUGAGGUCUCCCAUCGAGCCGUCAUUCGAUUUGAAAUGGAAGUCGACUGGGUCAAAACAAGUGCUCACCAAAAAGGAAAAGGCUAAAAAGAUGGAAAUCUAUCAACUGCUCAUGAAAGAUUUAAUGGCCAUCUUCAAAUGGAGACCCGACAUCGCCGAACCCAUCAGCAAGCUUGUCCAUCUCGAACCUUACGUCAACGAUUGGCUCAUCGCUGCCGCGAAGAGAGUGUUGCAAUUUGUGUACAACACUUGUUCGAUUUAUUACCUGCUUAAGUAUAAUCCUAGGGAUGAUGAGACGUUUAAGGCGAGAUUGUUUGUCAACAAGACAGCUAGCGAUCUGCACAUCACUAUGUCUUACAUGAUUUCCAAGCAUGGUAAUAUUGACUGGAGUGUCAAAGUACUCGACGAGACAGACCUCAACAGGGCGUUGGACACCAACACCAACGUUCUCGGUAACGAGUUGGACAACAUGGAGUUGAUUGACCAGUUCCUCCUCACGGGUAAAAACGUCGACGAUAGAGCUGUUGGGCCCAGCAUGAUCAACGCCAUGGACCCCAACGAAAAGCCGGACUAUAAGAUUCUUUUGAACGAUAUCAUCAAGAGAUUUCCCUAG